UGUUAUGCGUCAUUUCUUGAUAGGAAUUGACUAACAAUGGCGAUGUGUUAGUUGUCAAAUUUGUUAAAAUAUCGUAAUAAUGGGAGCUUUUCUGCAUUAUUAUCAGAAUAAAAUCACUAUUUGAUAAUACUUUAAGUGUCCGAGAACCUUAUCACUUGAAAAUUGCUUCAAACAUCGCUAUAAAUGAGCUUCGACGGAUAUAUCAGUAAAAUCCUUUGUUCUUUGUCUUGACACUCGGAAAAAAAAUCUGAGUGAUAUUUGACAAAGAAUACUCGGUUUACACCAGGAUAAUUGUCAUUGAAACAAGAAGCAUUGCUGUUGAAGGUGGAAUAUAUUAGUCAAAAUACUAGAAAAUGGCCAUUUGGGAAAAUAUAAGCCCAAAAAGGAUGUAAUGCACUUAGUGACGUCAUAAAGUGAAAAAACAAUUUUGGGGCUACACCUCGCACUUGGAUACAUUUCCUUCGGAGUUUAUAUUAAUAACACACACUAUUGAAAAUAAAUGUAAUAAAAAUGUGUUGAAAUUAUAAAUUGGAAGCCUUCUCUUUUUUUGUCUGUUUGCACGGUUUUUAAUGAAAUAUCCCUGUAUUUUAUGUAUUGGAAUAUGCCAUUACAAGCUUUUAAGAUAUUGGGAGUUAUAGUAAAACGCUUGUUUCUAGUACUUCAAAAAAAGUAAUUCGCGAUUUAGCUGUGACUAGAAUAUACAGGUCAAAUACUCGAUUUACUUGUUAUCAGCAGUUUUUGGCAAUGUUCCAAGUCUCGACAUCGCGUAAACGCUUACUGUACACAUUUAACCGAGGGUGGUUCAAUGCACAAGCUUAAUUACACACGGCGAACAAUAAAACUUCUUUUGCCCGCGGCAAACUGAUAUCUUUCCGUGAAUCAAUAUUGUAACGCACCAGCGCUUCCGUAGAAAGAAUAUUUGCGAGGCUACCGCGGGGAGCUGUCAAACUUAUUGAAAAUCGAUAAACCUUAGAAGCAGAUAACUCGUUGGACUUGCACAUAGUCUAGUUGCCUCGCUUAUACGUUUGAUGCACAUGGUCACAGUUUUUAAAUAAAUUAUGCGCAUUUUACCUUCUUUUUCUUCACAAGGUUGCCUUGUGAUUAUUUUUUGCGAUAUCUACAUGCCAACCAAAACACUAAACGUUGCGGUAAGAUAUGUGCGAACGGUAUGCCUGGGCGGUCAAAUGUCUGGCUCAAUUCAACAUUUUUGCUUAAGAGUUUUAUAUUUGUGACAUGUUAUAACAACAAUCUGGUCUAUUGAUACGCACAUUCACUAUAUAUUCCUGAAAGCUUAACCAGACUCAAGAGUCGGAAAUUGUAAUCAUAAGACUAAAUCUUUAAGAAAAAAUUAUAUAUAACAUGUGGAAUUGUUGGCAAAUAGUAUUGCAGAACCUGUGAUUGAAUAAAACCCGUCUAGUAUGCCCGUCAUUAAGAUUACUAGGGUAUAACUCUGCAGAGAUCACUUACAACUUCAUUCUAAUUGAGCAUUAAAUGCCAUAAAAAAAUACUGGAAUAUAGUUAAUGAGUGCACGUCGUUACAAUGUUCAACAGUCUCGUAGUGACUUGCACAGAAAAUCAUUUCAAUGAAUCUUCUUAAUUAAGACUGUUACACAUAAUAUUAGCCGAUUUCUUACUUUGCAUAUGGCCAAAAAAAAUGAGCCCGAUAGUGUAUCAAAACUAAUACAAUUAUGAAAACAUGGUCUGUUCUGAUGUAACCAUAACGCAUUAAUUAAAACAAAUGCAAAAUAGUCUGUAGUACUAACUGUUGAGAGAGUAUGAAAAGUUUUUUUAUUUUUUUUAUUUUCGAAGAAAAUAUUACUCAAACGAAAACGUUAAAAUUGUUAACGUUGAGCUGACCCCUGCCUUGUACACAAUCACAUGGAAUAUGCUGUAUAUUAAGCUGUCACGUGACGAUGACGUCACGCGGUUUAGUACGAAAUUUUUUAUCGGGACUACAGCGAAGUUGUAAUGUGUAAUGCAAUGUGCUAUUUUAAACGAAAAAUGUCGGCGUGUUUGAAGUUUACAUUAGGGAUGUAGAAUUCUAGGGAAAUGGUACGCGAAACAAGGUAUCUUCUCGUUGGGAAUUUACCCGAAACGACAACAGAGAACGAAAUAACGGAAUAUUUUAAGCGAUUUGGAAAAAUACAAAAAGUUAAAUUAGAAAGAAAGCCAGAUAGUUCAUCAGACAGUGACGAAAAGGAAGAAGGAUGUAUAACAGGUCUUACGGCUACUGUUGCUUUUACUGACAUUAAAUCUGCAUCUAAUGCGCAUAAAGCUGAGAAAAAAAUCGGAAAUAAUGUACUAUCUAGUGAAUAUAGUUCUGGAUUUGGAGCCACAGGAAGUGUUGUGAAAAGGACACAUGAACCAGAAAUUUUUCCAAGAGUGCCCCCUCCUGCACCCUUCCCAGCUAGAACUAAAGGUUUUGAAGAGGAAGCAGAUGGUUUUGAUGUUUAUUACGGAACAACUCCAACAUAUAGCGAACCAUCAUAUCCAAGUCCAUCGUUUGCCGAACGUGGGCGGCCACGAGAACGAUGGCCACCAGGUGCCCCUUUUCCUGGCCGAGGGGCCAAAUGGACACCAGGAACUUCCAGGCAGUUUUCUGACUCUUCCAGUAAAGAUGGAUUUGAAAAACCAAAAUCUGCAACCGCAUCAAUUCCAGCUUCUUCCCCGGCCUCACACACUAGUAGUAAACGUAGCAGAAAAAAGAAAAAACAUUCAAAGUCAAUAGAUAGGUCCAGAUCACGGUCAAGUGGUUCCAACACAAGUAGAAGUAGCUCAUCUGAAAGUGAAAGCGGUUCACAGAGCAGUAGCAAGGAACGGUCAAAAUCCACUGUUGCAUCCAUGGUUGCCAAGUCAGAAGCACAAGCAACGGAGAGCAGAGAAACAGAAAUAGAACCUGGGGAACGUGAACCUCUUGGAAUUCUCAUCCGACGGCUUCCACUUAGAUCUAGUGACACAAGUUUGAGAGACGGUUUGUUCCAUGAGUAUAAAAAGUACGGGAAAAUCACUGCUGUCCAGGUGUCGGGGGUCAGCGAGACCAGAUACGCCAUCAUCAGUUUUAAACAGGCAGAGGAUGCUCUCAAGGCUCUUGAAGCGUCACGAGAAAAACGAUUCUUCGGUGCACAGAUCAUUGCCGAGCAACAUGAGGGAUUAGAAGCUGAAGAUGGGGACUUCCUGACUCCAGAAGCGCAGCUAGAUGAGCACUCCCCUAAAGCCACUAGAACCCUUUUCCUUGGAAAUUUGGAUAAAGAAAUUUCUAUCGAGGAAUUGAAAGAAAAACUGGAAAAAUAUGGCGAUAUCUUGGAUGUGGAUGUGAAAAGACAGGGUGCGGUCACAGCUUACGCAUUUAUUCAGUUUACAGACAUUACGAGUGUUGUAAAAGCCCUUAAAGACCUGGAUGGGACUACAUGGGGCUCCACAAAACUGAAGGUUGGCUUUGGUAAGAGCAUGGCAACACCUGUCGUGUGGUUGGGAAAUCUCGCAGACACGGUACACGAAGGUUUUCUCUGUAAACAGUUCGCCAGAUUCGGAGCACUCAGUCAUACAGUGGUUGACCGCGAGAAUCACAAGGGGCUCGUGUUUUUCAUGAACGUUGAGAGUGCACAAUACGCACUUCCAGAGAUGCGUAAUAGGAUUUGGAAUGGCAAAAAAAUACAUAUUGAUUAUGCUAGCCGAGAUUGUCAGGAAAUGUUCUAUAAGAAAAUGGAACAGACUGGCCAGUUACGUCCUGGUGAGCGUCCAGACGCCCGAUCCAUGCAGAAGAAAAUAGCAGAAAAUCCACAUUGGGAUGAGGGAUUUGAUCCAAAUUUCAAAAGAGGAGGUUUUAACCAGUUUGGGCGUGGACGAGGCAGAUUCCAGCGUGGAAGGGGCUUCUUUAGGGGACGUGGUGGACCCGUUUUUGAAGGGCCAUACCCACCAGAUGAAUUUGCCAUGCGUAGAAAACAAUUUGAUGAAUACAGUCAAGGCAGCAGUCAAUACGUGGAGGAUGAUUAUGAGGCGGCAUUACGGGAAUAUGGACACAGUCAACGUGAACGUCAUGAACGGACUAGCCAGAGUCCUCCUGGAUAUGACGAAGUGUACUAUGAACGUACCACCUCACAAAGUGGGCAUGACUUUGACCCUUAUGAAAAACAUAGGUUUGCUUCAUAUAGGAGUUUAAGCCCCGGAAGUGAUCGUGAAAUGGAUAUAGCUGAUGAAGAAUUUAGAUACAAAGCACGAACUCCUAGUGAUGAAAGAUAUUACUAUAAAGAAAAAUUUUACGAUGAAACGCGAUCUCGUGAUCGAUCACACAGCAGUGAUAGUGAACAGCGUUACAGACUGUCGUCGGAAGUAGUGCGAAGACGAAGUAGGAGCCGGUCUCCGACUUUGUCAAAAUUGAAAAGAACCAAAGAAUUACCCAUAUCAUACAGAUCUCACUCCCCGCCCACUCCUACUGAAGAAGAAGGCUAUAAUAGUCCAACAGACUUUGAAAGUGCUUAUAGAAAAUACGGGGAUUAUAAGAAAAGACCAAGUUCGAGUAGUGUCGAGGGUGAUAGAAAAAGUGGUAUUCUUAUGAAUACAGGACUCCGUAAGGAAAUAGAAUCUAAAUCAGAAGAACGUUCAUCACGUAAAAGAUCGUAUGAUCAGUUGUCACCAAAGCGUUCAGAUUCAUUACAUAGAAUUGAAAGGCAGCAUAGCAGAGGAAGUAGGGCAGAUUCUCUUUAUGACUAUGAACGUGAAAAACUCUCUGCGAAGGAACUUAUUUCAAAAGUUCAGCGGUUAAGGUCAGAAGUGAAUGAACGCUUGGGUGUUAAAGAUAGUCCAAGUUCUAGUUCUAAUAGUGAAAUUGAUCCGUCAACAUUGACUGAAUCGGAUUUAAUAAAAUUACAUCGUGAAAAACAGAAAUUAUUGCAAAAAUUAACGUUAAUUGACGAUAGUGGGAAUUUAAGUGACAAUGAAAGUGAUUCACGGCAUGGAUCUAGUAAGAAAGCACGUUUGGAUUUAAAAUACUUACAAAAGUCAGACUCUCUGACUAAACAGGAAUUAAAAGAAAAACUAAAACAUUUAGAUGAGACACAGAGCUAUCGUAAACAAAUGGAUGCUCUAAGGAAGAAAGAACACCUCAGGGAUUAUAAGAAAUCUAAAUCGGCGAGUGAUGUGAAAAAAGACAUUUUGGAUUAUAGUGAAGAGGAUUCUUACUCUUUGAAUUCACCUCGGGAUUAUCCAUCUGGAUUUAUGCCAAAGAAAAGGCGAAAGGUUGAAGGUGAUAGUGACAGAAAAAGUAGGUCAUAUCGCUUGAGACAUGAAGAAGACACAGCUGGAUUUAGUAGUGAUGAUGAAAAAGAGAAACAUGAAAUAUUAAGACAAAGUAGUGCACAUGCGGAUUUAUAUUCCUCAAAGUCACGAACGUUAUCAAGUCUUGAUGCAAGGCUUGAGAGUGCAGAAUUUUCUUCUCAUUCGAAAGAAGAGUCGCGUCGUGUGUCCUCAGGAAGUGACAAUAAUAAAGAGCAUAGUGAACACAGUAGUCGCAGUCAUCGGCGGCAUAAAAAACGGGAUAAUCAUAUAACACCGCUAAUUCCACUAGGUGACGAUGAUAUGCCCGACCCAGAGACCUCUGAUCCGCGAUUACCGCGUGGCAAAUGUGAACGCCCACAGGUGUUACCGUUGCCAGAUUUUGCUCAAUUUAUUCAAUUUUCUCCAUUACCAUCACCUUGUCAUUCACCAGAACGUUACAGUGAUCUCCCAACAGACAGUGGUAGGGACAAAUUACGCGAGUCUGCGGCAGAUUCGGGUAAUGCAGACACGGCAUAUCAGUCUCCUUGUUUUUCACCUCAAAGUAGUAGUAGUAAGACUCAUUCCCCGUCCCAGUCUCCAAGUGGGUCGGGAUCUGAUACUAAAGCUAACACGAACUCUGACAGUGGAAGUGGAGAGAUACCUCUCGGUUUUCCAACUGAAACUGAACAAAUUGAUCCCGAUGUGAAUAAAACGGACAGUUUAGAUUCUGUACCAGAUCCAACAAAAGUUCCGGAAGAAUCAAAAGAACAUGAUGAUAGUUUCUCUGACAAUAAUAGUGAUGUUGAUAAUUUAGCAUCGGAUAAUCUUUCAAUUGAAGAAAGAAUUCGCCAACUUGAUGUGAAAUGGAAUAAAGCGCAAGCAGUUAACGCAGUUACACCUAAAGUAAUUCCUGAUGUUGACAGUAUGGUGAAUAAUUCAACAUCCACAGCCUCGCCAUUACUGACACCAUACACAGCGUCUCCAGUUGUAACCACUGCCGCUUCGAGUCCAUCUGCCUCGGCUUUAUAUUCCAAAUACAGAAUCCGGAAAAGAAAUGAUCCAUCUGGGUCAGGAGCUGAAAAGGGCGAUGGUCCAUCGGAAAUUGUACAGACUGUCUUGUCAAAAUCAAGUAUAUUUGAUCAGGAUAGUAAAAGACUUGGUCAAACAGAUGAAUCUAGUGAAAAUAAGGAAGUUCCAUGUACAAAUGAAAAUUCACCCAAAUCAUACAGUGCAUGGAAUAAGACAGACAUUAAAGAAAAUCCAAUGGUGACAGUACCAGGUUCACUUUUAGAUCGAUUAGGUCAAGGAAGUAAUGGUUCCUUUCCAACAUUGACAGUAAAUACAACAUUUCCUAGUGCUACAAAUGUGUCAGUGAACAAAACAGACUCAAUGAAUGCUAGUAUAUUCAGUUAUGACAGUAGGGCAGCUAAAAUUAGCCCUCUUCCAUGUUUGGAUAUACCAAGUGUUAAUGAUAAAAAUAGUUUAUCAGUAUCUCCUGUUGCAAUGGAAGAUAAUCUGCUCCAAAAGUUUGACACCUCUGAUAAAUCACCUAGGUUAGAACGAAAUGGUUUGAGUGGAAGUGACUUGGAUUUAACAAAAACUGAAAUUGAGAAGUCACCAGUAUUACCAAAGUCAAUUUUGAAAAAUAGAAGUGAUUCGGAUUUAAGCUUAACAAACAAGAACAUUAUGGAUAAAGAUGAUGUUGAAAAUGAUGUUAAGUCAGAUUCCGGUGUGGAAAAUAAACUAGAAAACUGUUUUAGAGAAAACAAAAUGGAUCUAAAUGAUAAAAGUGAAAUGAUCAAAAGUGAAAAGAAUGAAAACACUAAUGACGCUUAUACAAAUGAUGUUAAGUCUUCUAACCUAAAUGGAGAAAAUAUAGAUGUAAAAGAUGAAAAGUGUGAAGAUGUUAAAGAACUAAACAAAAGUGGUGCUAAAAAGGAGGAUACACAUAAAGACUUGGCAUUUCAGACCAGUGAUGAAAAACAUAAAUAUGAAAGUGCUACACAUGACAUUAAUAAAACAGAAAAUAAACAUGUAAUGAUGGACACAUCACAAAAUGAGAGUACUGUAAAUGAAGAUUCAAAAACUGAAAAGACUGUCAAGCCAGAGGCUAUUACUAAUCAAGCAGACAAAAUUAAAGAGGAAUGUGCUUCAGAUAACAAGAAAUCUGAAUCUGAUUCAGAAACAAAAGCUGCUAAGUCAGAAAUCAAAAUGGAAGUAGAGACUCCUCAGGAGAACAAGAAAAUUGAACAAAAACCACAGUCUAGUAAAACUCCCGACAAAGAGAAACAUUCCAGCAAAGAUUCCAGCAAAUCUUCCAAAGAUAACACAUUUAAAGAACCUAGUCAUAAGAAACAAAAAUUGUCUAAAGAUGGUAAAGAUAAGAAGUCAGAUUCAAGCCAUAAAGACGAGAAACAUAAAAAGAAAGAGUCUGAUAAGAAGGGGGAGUCUUCCCACAAGUCAAGCAGUGAGAAAAAAGAUGAGAAACAUAAGGAAAAACAUAAAUCAAAAUCAGAUAAAGACAAGAAAGAAAGUGAUAAGAAAUCAAAAGAUAAAGAUGAAAAGAAAGACUCUAAAGAUGAAAAGAAAAAGAAAGUUGAGAAAAAGGAGAAAGAGAAAAAAGAUGAAAAGGUAGAUAAAGAAACUAAAGAUGAUAAGGCAGAUAAACAUUCCAAAGAAAAGAAAGAUGAUAAAUCACAUGGUAAAGAUGGUGAAAGUAAAGACACCAAAGAGAAAAGUAGUGAAAAGAAAGAAAAAAGUGAGAAGAAACAUGAGAAGAAAGAAGGCCAUAAACAUGAUAAACAUGGAUUAAAAUCUCCAGAUAAAAAGUCAAAGUCUUCGCAUAAAGAAGAUGAAAGCAAAGAUCAGAAAGAAAAAUCUAAGGAAGCUUCUCAAAAGGAGUCUGCACCUAAAGAAGGCAGUUCUAAAGAUGGUGAGAAGGACAAACAAGACAAAGACAAGACUGAAAAGAAAGGUGAAUCAAGCAAGAAAGAACAUAAAAGCUCUUCCCAUAAGACAAAGAAAAGUAAAGAUGAAAGUAGUAAGAAGUCAAAAGAUGAAAACAGUGAUGCUAAAACUGUAAAAGACGAAACUGCUGAACCCAAGAAAAGCAAGGAGGAAGAAAGCAAGAAAGUAAAAGAUGAUCACAGUGAACAUAAGAAGAAAGAUGAGUCAAAUAAUAGAAAUAAUAAGGAUUCACCAGACAAAAAUAAGGAUGUAAACAGGAAAGAAAGUUCAGAAAAGAAAAGUUCUGAGAAAGCAAAAGACAAAUCAAGCAGUGGGGAGAAAUGUAAGGAAGACAAAUCAAAGGGCAAGGAAAAGGAAAAUAAAGAUAAAGACCCAGACCAUUCAAAGUCAAAGAGUAGUAAGCCUUCAUCUAGUACAAAUACAACAGAGUCAAGUGACAAGCCAAAAGCACAGUCAAGUGAAGCAAAAGUUGAGAAACCAAAGGCUGAAAAUGAAAAAGAUGAGAACAAAAAGACUGAAAAUAAGGAAGAUAAGAAAAGCAAGGACAGUGAAAUGACAAAAAACUCCAGCUCUAUGAAAAAGUCCUCAAAAGAUACAGAUUCUCAUAAGAAAAACUCUAAAACUGAGAAAUCGAGCAAGAAUAAUAAAGUAGAAGCUAAAAAGGAAGUUAAGCCCAAGGAAAAACCAGAACCAGAUAUCAAAAAUAAGAAGGAAACUCCUAAAAAGAAAGAGAAAGACCAUCCUAUCUAUAAUGGUUUGACUGAAGAAGAUCUUGCUAUCUUUGCCCAGUUUGCUGAUGAGUCGAGCCUAUCAAUGUAUGCUAAAGUGAAGAGGCGUUCUACUGAAAAGAAACUCCAUCAUGAUAAAGAACAUGAAGAACAAAAGAAACUGAUCUGUGAAUACAAGAGAAACCAAAAGGGCGUAAAGAAACAUAGUCUCAGUGAUAUCACUGAAAGUAGUGAGGUCAGCUCGGAUGAUAAUAGACGGAAAUCUGGAUCUGGACAGAAAAACAAGAAAAAGUUUGUUUUCUCCUCUGAUGAUAGCGAUAGUUCUACAGAUACAGGGGCAGAUAUACUACACAAGAAAAACAAAUCAAAAAUGCAGAUGAAGAAACCAAAGAGAAUUCUUGAUAUCUAUUCAUCAGAUUCAGAAGAAGAAGAAGAAAUUGGCAGCAAAACACCUUCCAAGAAAUCAGCAUCAGGAAAGAAAAAGAUACCAGAAAUACAUAGGGAACAUGAAAACAAAUUUGAAUUCGAUAGUAUCAGUGAUUCAGAUAACAAAACUAGUGCUACCAAACAGGCAAAAGUCAAAACUAAAACAAAGGCAAAUAAGAAACCGUCAAAGUCGAAAUCAGAAUCAAAAUCUCAACCUAAGAGUGAGAAAAAGGAAACUCUCAAACCAAAGAAGCCAAAAAUACAAAGGAAGGACCUUAGUUUCAAAGACCUUUUCUCUGAUGAUUCUGAUGAUAGUAUGGACUCAGAUAGUGACAGCGACAUUAUGAUGACAUCUAAAACCAAGAAGAAACCAUUCUUCAGUAAAAGUGACAAGAACAAAAAGAAGCUGCCAAGAGGAAGUUCUAUCUACACAUCAUCUGAAGACAGUGAUAGUGAAAGUGAUGAAGAAUUCAAACCAAUGUCUCCUCCCAAAACUACAGUUCUUCCUAAGAAAACAGAUAAGAAGAUUACCCCAUUUAAAGAUGCAGGCAGAAAAGACCAUGACAGUGACUCAUUGAAUUCAGAUACUGAAAUAAAAAAUGAAAAGAGCAAGAAAAACUUGAAAAAUAAGUUUGAAAUAAAACAUGAUAAUAGUUUUGAUAGUGACCACAGCUUCCUGUCUGACCCAGAAUUGAAUAAAGUCAACAAAAUUAAGACUGAACAUAAUGAUAACAAAGUUAAUAACAAAAUGGACAGUGAAAUUCUUUCUAGCUCUGACGCUGAAAAGAAAUUGAAGAAACAAAAAUCAAAAGAGAAAGUGGAAAAAGACAUACAUAAAUUUAACAAUAAUAAGAAGCUUCAUGACAUAAUAACAGAUGAUGGACGAUUCGACAAUCUUGCAAAGCUAGAAAUGGCAAAAGUUUACUCUGAAACAAUGUAUGAGAAAGAUACUUUGUUGUCUAAUUUGACAAACAAAGACAAUCUUCCUCCCAUACUUGCUGACAUCAACAAAGAACCUCUCUAUAAAUUGGGAAUGGAAUCUGUCAGGAAUGAUAUUCCAAAUUUGAAAGAUAUCACUUUUGAUGAGAAGUUGGGAAAAAUUAAGAAUAAGAAACAUAAGAAAGAAAAUAAGAAGAAAAAGAAGAAUAAGGAAAAAACUGGAAAAGAGUCAUCUUCAAAGGAAAAGGUUGAAAACACUAGUAACAAAACUGUUGAGCCCAAACCUGAAAUUCCACCAAAAACUGUUGAUUAUGCAGAGCAGCUUAAACAAGAUUCUGAUUUGGAAAAUGCAAAUGCAGUGAAUAGAAAUUUGUUUGAUGAAAUGAAGACAAUGAAAUCACCAGAAGGCAAAAAGAACAAAACCAAGAAGGAAAAAGAUGCAGCAGCAAACAACAAUAAACAAGCCUUGGAUAAAGAAAAACCUCAGCCUGAACCAGAUAGAUCAUCUGAUUCUCAGUUUUUGUCCGACUUGGAGAAAAGGAAGUCAGACCAAGUGGAAAAAUUACCUGUCACUAGUAAGAAGCCUGAUUUGAAGAAAUCGCCUAAUUCUGAUGUGUUCGAUUUCCAGGAGGAAGAGAGUAAAAUGAAGCCAAUUAAGGAAUCUCACAUGAAAGUUAUGAAACCAGAGUCGUAUGAGGUCAAGGUUGCUGGUGACCAUGACACUGAUACUGCUUCUAAUGUUCCUGUGGAGAUACAAGGGGUUGAAAUAGAGUACACAACAGAUGAGCAUGACUAUAAAGAUGAAGGAAAUGUAUGUCCUGAGGUAGAGACAACAGAAGUUGUAAUUGAAGAAGCUACUGAAGUGAAAGUUGAGAAAGAAAAACCAAAGCCAAGAAAGCGAAAGGGUCGUAAAAAUAGUGGAAAAGAAGGACUGGGUGAUCUUACUGAAGAAGCAGUUUCAAGUCUGUCAAAGGAAAGCAAAGCUCAAGUCCAAGGUGACAUUCAGACUGAAGUUGUUCAGUUUGAAGCACCUGUUUCUAAUGAACAGGAACUAGUUAUAGAUGAGGGUGUAUCUCUGCAUGUAGAAGAUGAAACAGAUAAGGCUGUGGAAUCAAUAGUAAAUGACGAAAACGAUGAAACAGCAAAGGCAGUGGAAUCAAUCUUGCUGGAUGGUAUGCCAACAUAUACAAUAUCUGAACCAGUGGAACCAACACCUGAACUUGAUCAAAAUUACCUACAGCCUGAGUUUGCCCCUAGUCUUCCUAUACCUCAGGUUGGAACCGAGGUUGAAACAGCAACAGCUAAUACCCUCAAGGGAAAGAAAGGCAGGAAAGGAAGAAGAACAAAGUCAGGUCAAGGUGAUGCACUGCUUAAUGAAAAUUCAAGCAAGAUUUCAGAUGGGAAACCAUUUGACUUGUUGGGAGAUACUGUUUUUGCUACUAACAUCUCGAAUUCUCUAGACCAAAAUGAUGAUGAUGAUGAUGGUAGAUUACAGAUUGACUUUGACCCGCCAAAACCAGAGGUCAAACAGAAGAAGCCCAGAAAACCCAAACAAACAAAGGCUAACAAAAUGAAUCCUGAAGCUGCAGCAUUAGCUGCUGAAAACAAGCUUGAAAAUCUGUUUGGAAACUUCAACAGUCAAGGUCAGAAUAAGGAUGAGCUGAAUAGAGAUUCCCUUAGCAGUGAGAGUUCAGAACUUGAAAGAGCUAAGCAUGAAGACCUGUUAUUUAUGGACAGGGAGGAUCAGAGACAUGAUUCAGAUAUGAUGUCUCCAGAUGAGCGUUCUACCUCUGAUGACUUGACAAGUCCAGAUGUUAUAAAAGCCAAGCCUAAAAGGGGCAGGAAGCCUAAGAAUAAAGAUCCAGUCAGUGUCCCAGUACCAAGGACAAAUUCACCAAGGGCAACCAGAACUUUGUCUCCUAGAUCACCUCGUAGCAACUUUGAUCCAAAAUCUCCUGAACCAAAGUUGAAUGGUCCCAAGAAUUUGAUCAUAGAUGAAGGAAAUAAAAUAGUUACUAAUGUGUUUGAUUUUGAUGAUGAUGAAUCUGGGUCAAAUGUCAGCCAGAUUCCCACUACUGUUGCACCCACAGUUGCAACAACAACAACAACAACACCAAAGCAGCGAAAACCAAGGCAAAGGAAGAAGGGGGAACCAGGUUUGCAGAGUCCAGAAAAUCGUGGUCUGUUUUCCAGUCCGGAGCACUGUGAUAAGCUGGUUAUUGGAAGUCCAGAUUCUAAAGGUGUAUUUAGUCCUGAUCAUAAAGUGCAAUACAAUACAUGGGAGAAAAAAGCAUUGUUCUCACCAACAUUCCAACCAGAAGAGCCAAAGCUUGAUGUUAAAACUGCAGCUGAUGAUAAACCACCAGAGCCAUUAUUUAAAGCAUUCUUUGAAGCCAAGCCCAAGAAUGAGAAAGACCUAGAAAAAACCAAUCCCUUACUUGCAAAGAAGGGAAUGUUUAGUCCAAAGGAAGGGGAGAACAAGACUCUUACUGCUGCACAGAUUAUGAGCAACGUGGACAAAACAAUUGAAGAUGUCUCUAAAGGGCUCUUUGAAAGUACUGACGAUGAAGCAACAGUUCAUUCCACUGAAACAACUCCUGUCCAGAAAAAACGUCAGUCCAGAAAAAGCAAGGAUGAGGAUAUGAAGGCUUCACUAAAAUCUCCAGUUCCAAAGUCACCUAUGAUGAAAUCUCCUGUUGUAAACCAUAUAAACAGUCCACCCCCCUCAAUGCCAGUACCUCAUCAACAACCUUUGGUGUUGCCUGGUAUGGGAAUUGGUCAGCCAACUGCUCCAGCACAAAUAGGAGAGCCACAGGUUGCAGGACAUGUUGGAAUGUUUGGUCAGAUGUCGCCACCAGUGUCAAUAGCUGCGUGUCGUGCUCCAGGACAGGCGAACUCUGCUCCAGAAGCUGCUAAAAGUGCUGAAGGUCCACAGAAAACUCCUGAGAAGAUUGUUUCCCACCCUUCACCCAUUAAGACAACUGUGUUGCAAUCACCAGUGAAAUCAUCGGGUAUUACAACAGUUGCACAGACAACUAGUGCAACAACAGUUAUGUCAUCAUCUUCAGCGUCUGUACCGAAAGAUCUCCGAAAAGUUGACGGAGCAAUGGAGGGAGUGCUGAAGAAUUCAAUGCCAGGUUUCCUUGUUCCAGGAGUUUCAGCAACUACUGCAGUGAAUGUUGUACAAGGAAUGUCUACUGCUUCAAGUAUGGCACAGACAACAGUUGUACCAUCAACAACAACUGCAGCAGUCACAGCAGUAGCAACAGCAUCAGAUAUGUCGAAAAGGCAGCAACAGAUGGAGAAAUUGGCACAAGAGCAGCAACAGUUGGAGCAGCAGAGGUUACUAGAGCAGAAGAUAAUUGAACAGAAACAAGCAGAGCUUCAGAAACAACAGGAACAUCAUGUGAAGUUGAAAGAGAUUGAGCUGAAGAAGCAGCUAGAGCAUCAGAAGCAUUUGGAAGAACAACACAAAAUAUUACAGGAGCAGAUGAAGAACAAAGAACUGCAAGAAAUGAAGAAUAAGGAGGAAGCUAUAAAGAAAGAACAAGAGAAGAAGCGUUUAGAAGAACAGUAUAAAUUGUUACAGCAGCAUCAGGAACAUUUGAAGCAGCUACAAGCUGCAGGGGCUACUGUGGGUCCAGGUUCACAACUAGGCCAGCAGGCACUGUUGUCACCAGGAGGGCUUCCACGGCCUAGACCAAGCCUGCCGUCUCCAAAUGAUGGCAAAGCUGGACCAAGGCCGCCAAUAUCGGCUCAUCAUGCAAUGCCACCAGGAGCUUUUGGUCUGCCAGUGCGCCCAGGUCAGUUCCCACCUCAUUUGACCCAGGCACAGAUUCAGGCUAUGCAGCAACACUUGGUGCAACCUCUAGGUCAAGACAAACCACCAACCAGUGCAGAGAUGGCUCUCAAGCAUCAACAGCUCCAGCAGCAGAUUGCUGCUCAACAGAAGGCCCAAGUUCAAGCCAUGGCAGAGCAACAGGCACAGAUUGCAAAGCAGCAAGCCACCCAGGCCAAGCAGAGUUCACAACAAGCUUCAGCAGGGAAGCAACCAGCUCAUAGCGGCCCAGGCAAGAGUGGUCCAGCAACUGCAGCAGUCAAAAAGGGAACAGAAUUGCAGCGUCCUCCCACAAGCCAGGGACCAGGUAUUCAGCCAUUGAUUGGAAAGGAAGGUGCUCCAUUACCAGGCAGCCAGGAAGCCGCAAACCAGCUGACACAGCAAAUCAAGCAGCAACUAGCACUCCAAGCUCAGCACGGUCAGGGUCAUCCAGGCUCUCAUGGAGGACCACCACAAGUUCCACAUGGCUUACCUAGUUGGCAGGUACCCCAUAUGAGACCAGAAGGUCCCAGACAGCCAGGACCACAAGGUCCAGUUACUGGUGAGGCCCGAACUUCCAUGCCUGGACCGGUGCCAGUUCUAGGUGGAAAUCCACAACAGGUGCAGAGAGUGUCUCCUAAUCCACCAACCAAGUCGCCAACAGUGGCACAAACAGCACCAAAUAUGGUUCUCGGCUUCUCCCAGCAUCAGACAGCAGCCCCAAGGGCACCGAGUCCAGCUGUGGCAAAGACGGCAGAAAGGCAAGGACCAAAUGGCAAAUGGUCGGGUACAACAGGAGCGCCUCCGAGACCCAGUCAACCAGAUGUUCGGCCUAGAGUACCAACAACUGAGGCAUGUCCACCAGUAUCAAGGCCGGAGAUAUGGGGUGUAAAUGGACCUCCAGGUUCUACUUCCAUUGGUAUGAACCCCACCCCGAGACCAGCGCAUCAGCAGCCUCCUUCUGCCCAUCAGCAGCAGCCUGACACUCUACAGUUGACCCGACCUCCUGCCCCAGUAGAGAGGGGCAACAAGGAUAAAUUCUUGCAACAACAACAUCUGCAAGAGCUACACAGACAAGAGAUGUUGAAACAACAAGAAGAGAUGCGACAGCAACAAUUGAGGGACCAGGCUUUACAUGCUCAGGCUCAAAAAGAGCUUCAGAUUCAUAAGGAACGUGAAGAGAGGGAGAAGCGUGAAGCUCAGGCUACUCUUGCAUCUCAAAGCCAGUCGGACCCAAGACAGUCCCCGGCUGUUAGAAUGACGUACCCGUUCGUCGAACCGAGGCCACCGAGCCGAGAUGGUGGAAAGAUGCAGCAGAGUCCAGCCAUUGUUGAUCCAAGAGAUCCUCGUUUCUCGCAGCAGUUUCCCGGUCAUCAUCCUGCAGAUUUACGCAUGGGUUCUUCACAAUCGAGCGCUUUCAGUCCCGCAGCUGGCAACAGUGGAGAUCCAACUCACAUGUACACCCAGGCAGAACUGCAGCGGCUCCAGAAUGGACUCAUUCCAGCAUAUCCCCCAGGUCUGUUGAUACGUGAGCCUCACUUGAUCCCUGGACAUGCACCUUAUAUGCUUCCUCCUGGACAUCUAGCAUACAUGGCACAGCAAAUGGAACACCAGCAACAUUUAGUUGAUGGCCGACCACCAUCAAGGGGAACCAGUCGGCCACCAUCAAACCAGCCAGUGCAUACAGUGUCUCCCACUCAGCAGACUCCAAAUGACCAACGGAACCAAGGCAGAAGCCAAGGUCAAGGUCAGGCCAUGGGACCACCGUCAACAAGAGAUCCGCAUCCAGGAGAUGGCAGCUUGUUGAGCUUGUUGCAACGCUACCCUGUCAUGUGGCAAGGUGUUCUCGGAUUGAAGAAUGACCAGUGUGUUGUCCAGAUGCAUUUUAUCUCUGGAUUCCAACCUUUGGUCAAGAUGUCAUUGCCCCAGCAGGCUCCUGAUGGUACAGUACAGCCCCUCAGGAUUGCACAGAGGAUGCGACUGGAACAGGCACAACUUGAGGGGGUUGCCAAACGCAUGCAGAUGGAGAAAGACUACUGUAUGAUGCUGGCGUUGCCGUGUGGACGUGACCAUACAGAUAUAUACCAGCAGACACGAGCCAUGUCAACGGGCUUUAUCCAGUAUUUACAGCAGAAACAGGCGGCUGGUAUUGUAAAUGUUGCAGAUCCAGGCUCCCAACAGCCUGCAUAUGUGGUCCAUAUAUUUCCACCAUGUGAUUUCUCACAGACAACAUUGUCUCGACUUGGAUUUGACCUUCUGUACCAGGUCAAGGACUUGGCUCAUUUAAUUGUCAUCAUAGCAACGGUCGCUUAAAGGUGAAUGUCAAAUUGAUCUGGUAUAAAUUAGCAGCAAAAAUGGGAGGAGCAGAGAGUAUAUACAUUGUAUUUCAGAGAAGAAAAUGAAUCUUUUCGUUCGGGAUUUAACACGCUGAUGUUACAAUGUACCGAUAAAAGACUAUAUUGAAGAAUGUGACGAUUUCAUGGAACUUCGAAACUUUGGUUGGAGAACUUAUAGUGAAAGAAGUAUCUGUGAAAGAAAUCCUGGAUUUGACAAUUUCAUUUUACUCGGAAAUGGAUUAAUUUUGACAUUAUCACUUCAUAAGUGUUUUUAGUUUAGUGGCAUUAGGAAUACAGAGCUUGUACAGGGUUAUAUAAACUUUUGAGACUAUUGCUUACAGCUAGACGGAGUAAACAGUUGUUUCUCAGAAACACAUGUUGUCUAUAGUUAUUGUGCAUAAUUACAUAAACGCAAAAAUAUUGUGUAAUGAAUAUAUUGGAUAUACAUUGUGGAACAGUACAUGGAGUAAAUAUUCAGUAAUAUAGUGAAACAACUCUGUGUUGUACUCCGAUGUUGUGUUUAUGUACUCGAUUACUAUUGUGCUGUGACAAAAAAAAGACUUGACAAAAAAUCCACAAAAAAUAGACUGCCGUGUCUGCUAGUGAUGUAAACAUGGAAUAUUUUUUCAUAUUCAUGCAUGGAAUUAUAGUUUGGCAAAAAAACUUGUUUUUGCUGAUCCAUGCAGUUGCAUUAAGUGUGAGGUAUGAAAUUGACAGACAGUCUGCUGCAAUUUCUGUUGUUGAUGUUUCUAUUUGAGCCAUCCCAUGGGAAAACCAACAUAGUGGGUAUGCGACCAGCAUGGAUCCAGACCAGCCUGCGCAUCCGCGCAGUCUGGUCAGGCUCCAUGCUGUUCGCUUUUAAAGUCUAUUGGAAUUCGAGAAACUGUUAGCGAACAGCAUGGAUCCUGACCAGACUGCGCGGAUGCGCAGGCUGGUCUGGAUCCAUGCUGGUCGCAAAGCCACUAUGUUGGUUUUCCCAUGGCACGGCUCAUUUUAUUUCUUGGAUUUAUUGGUUAUAUUCUGUUACAAUGGAUCUAAUGUGUGAUUUAGAUUGAAACUAAAAUGGAUCUUAAAUUGGAGUUUUCACAUUAAUGUGGAUUUAAUUGGGUGAUUUAUUAUUGUUUCACUUACACAUGUUACUUGGAGUUACAUAUGACACUGCCAGAUUGAAUUUUUUGUUGGAACUGUUUAUAGUGUUGAGCAUGUUUUUAUUGAAUUGACUAUAUAGUGCUUUGAAAAUAAAGUAAUUUUUCUUCUUAUAUAUAGUCCUUUUCAUUCAGCUGGAAAAGGCUAGUUUUUUUUUUCCAAGUUCUGAUUUAAUUUUUUUUUUUUUUUCUGAAGUCUUUACAUACAAUUUGUUUUUUUUUUUUUGCUUGAUAGACAUUUCUAAAAUAUUGAUUCACGUUUUUAGUGAACAUUAAUAUUUUGUGCUGGACACGAUAAUGUUUUUUUCUCCUGUUCAGACCAAUUUUUCAUGAUCAUUAUUGCUUGAUUGUUGUUUUAAUUGCUUUAGAAAUUUGUGCUAACAUUUGACGGGCUUCUGUCCGGUUAUGUUCAUGUCAUUUGAUAGAUAACGUAAUUGUUAUAAGACAAACCUCUAAAAGGACUUCAUGUAAAUGGCAGCUAGGUUUAACGUAAAACAUUUUUUUUGUUGAUACAUUUGUUAUUUUAUUGCUGUGUAACACAUCAAUAACAGUAUUACAUUUAUGACAUAUACAUAUGUACAUGUUGUGUUAUGUCUGUGUAUUUGGGGAAUUGUGUUUAGGAAAAGUGAAUAUGCAGGAUGAGUGGAAAACUUUAUUACUUGUUUAGUGCAAAAUUGAAACACUAAAAAUUACAAACUCUAGCUUCCAAGAAGAAAACGCAUUGAUUUUCAUUAAAAAGAAAAUUUGUAAAUUAAUUUUGAAAUGUUGACGUGUGUUUAGCCAUCCAGGAAGGAACUCAGUUGCUGAAAAUAGAUUUAAAAAAUUUACAUGUUCCGUUAAAGAACUUAAAAUGGAUAAGAAAUUGAAUUUUCUGUUAAGGAACUUGGAAAAAUACAUCAUUAGAAUUGCAGUAAAUUUUUGUCAGAUUUGAUGAAUGUCUUGUAAUAAUGCCAGGAUUGGCAACGAUCUUUUUUUUUCUUCGUGUAAACAGAUUAUAUCCUUGUUUUCUAGAGAAAUUAGGUCAAGGCUUUCCGUAAUUGGAGUGUAAUGUUUUUGUCCUUUAUGUUUUACAUUGUGCUGUUUAAACAGAUACUAACAUUUUUUGUCGGUGAUGAUGCGGUAUGUUUCUUGAAUUUCAGGAUGUUCUGUAAUGCAUGGUGGGUAUAAUACUGAUAAUCGUUCAAUCAAAUAAUUACGCAAAAUUAUAAUAUGUGAUAAACUUGAACUGUUUUGUUAAGAUUGCAUGCAACAUUGAUUAAUGAGGCAAAAUGUAUAAAGAAUCAUUGCAAAAAUUGUGUAAGAUUGGAUCAUCUUCUUUCACUAAAUUAAUGAUGUUUGUUUAAAUGAUUUACAAUGCAGGGGAAAUUUUAUGUUUUUAAAGCAAAUUUGGUGAAACCUGAUAAAAGUCAUGCAAAAGAAAUCACAUCAUGCAAGUCUUCAUUAUCUCUGUUUUUUUAAUUUUCAAGACAAAAACUUUUUUUAUGGUUUGUUAAUAAGAUAACAUUUUUGUUAUACUUCAUUCCUUUCUGGUCCUUUUCAAGGGUAAACUUGAGCAAAUUUUUUUUUUUUUUUUGACAGCCAGAAAUUCAGGAGGUUAGACACCCAUCAUUGUUUUAUAUAUGAUACUGUGUAGUUACCAUGGUAACCAUGUAUGUAUAUGUUACAGUUGUAUAAUGUUUACCCAACAACUUUGUUAAUGAUAUACAUAUUAUAGGAGAGUGUUAUGUACAUACGUUGUAUUUUUGUAGAAAAAAAACAGAAAAAAGAAAAUUGUGCAAUUAAAGCAGAAAAUUAUGGACAAAUUAUUUGAUCUCAGACUGGUUUGUUUGAUUGAAUGAAAACAAAAUCAUCUUUGUCUGUGAUUUUUUCUGUCCGUCAUUGAGUGAAAGAAAGAAUGCUGAAACUUUGUUGAUCAAAUGUUAGUUGUUUUUUUUUCUCCUUUCUUUCUUUUCUUAAAUACAAUUGGAGAUUCCUUUCUUAAAAGGAUUUUUCAGGUUUUUUUCCUUUCUACAUUUCAGCCGGAAGAGCCUUUUUCACAAUAUAUACAAAAUAGACUUCUAUUUAUUACUUUCCAAAUGUGUUGUUAAAGAAGGGAAAAAAUGUUUUCUUUCUUAAUAGAGGGCAUACAGUUUGAUUUCUUGAUAAUUUAUUUUGUGUUCUGUUUAUAUGGAGAGACUCCAUAUGAAAUUAAGCUAUAUGAGCCGCGCCAUGAGAAAACCAACAUAGUGGGUUUGCAACCAGCAUGGAUCCAGACCAGCCUGCGCAUCCGCGCAGUCUGGUCAGGAUCCAUGCUGUUCGCUUUCAAAGCCUUACGGAAUUAGAGAAAAUAAUAGCGAACAGCAUGGAUCCUGACCAGACUGCGUGGAUGUGCAGGCUGGUCUGGAUCCAUGCUGGUCGCAAACCCACUGUGUUGGUUUUCUCAUGGCAUGGCUCGUAUGUUUUUAAGAUAAAAAAAGGUGUUUGUGCGUCUAGAGUGGGUACAGACAAAAAAUGCGGGUUUUAUCUUGGUACCAUGUUAGUACAACUUUUGUUUCCGGGUUUGAAUUUGUUUUGCAGGAACUUGGGUAAAGUUCACGUUAACAUGCAUGUUAUCCAAGUACAAUAAUCAUGAAAGUGCUAUCAUUUUGUAUAUAUUGAGAAUGGGCCAAUUUUCAAUAUUUUUGCCCACAAUUUUUGUGGAUAUAAACUGAAAGAUGAAGUUGUUUGCUGUUUGGAUUUCUUUAUUACAAUUACUAUUUAACUAAAUUAAAAUUUUAACAUUUUUUUCUAACUUUUCUCUUUUUCAUACUUGUCUACAUUACUACUUGUUAUUCAUUGUUCACUUUAUAUGUAACUCAUUAUACAUGCAUUGUAUAUGUUUGUGUAAAGUCACUUACUGUGUAUUACCAUCGUUACCCUAGUUAUAAAUGUGUAUAUUUGGCUGUACAUAUGUGUAUAUAAUAUCGCAGAGCUAUGAAGUUAUUGUAUAUAUUGUAGAUAAUAUGACAUUGUCUGUGUACAUAAGCCAACAGCCUAUUGUGAUCUUUUCCCAAGAGGGACAUUUCUAUAGAGAUAAUUUAGGUUUCCAUGGCAACCAGUCUUAGACAUUUUCUUAAUAAUGACAUUUGUAGGGAAAAAUAGCUGGAGAACGGCAAUCCUGCCCUUAUUAGAAGCUUGGAGAACUGUCGUCUGCUUUAAUUAAAACUGAGAAACUUAAGUUUAUAUUCAGAUGAUUCCUGUUUUGAUGUAUCUAGACGGAUAUUUUAAGAAGUGGGUUUUUUUUUGUAAAUUUAGAACAUUUCUGAUAUUGGUUGCUAUGGUAACUGUUGUCAUGUAGGAAGUUUGUUUCUUCCUUGGUCUUGUCUCACUAAAAUCUGAUUAAAAUGUUAACAAAUACAUAA